ACAAUAGUGGAUGGCGAGUUUAAACUGGUUUGCGCUUAUAUGUUGUUGCCCCCGGUAUACUGAAGGGUCUAUCCAGACGCGAAGCUGUCUCAGACUAUCUGAAGGACUAGUGCAACCGGACAGUGAAGCAUCAGUCAUGUGAUGCCAGCAUUGCCACUGACCAGCAAUUACACCGUAACUCAUAACGGUAGUGCACCAUUCAAGAGAAAGAAGACUUUUUGAAUCAAGAGGAGGAUCUGUGAAACACCUCGGCACAGAUUAUAUUUUCUUGGAUCAUGGAACUAUCUCUGGUCCACCCUGCCCUUAAGGCCUUCAUGUGUGGCUCUCUGAGUGGUACCUGCUCCACGUUGCUCUUCCAGCCACUGGACCUGGUGAAGACCCGCCUGCAGACACUACACAGCACCACACAGCCAGGGUCUGCGAGGGUGGGGAUGGUAACAGAGUUCCUCAGCGUGGUGAGGACAGAAAAGGUCCUAGGACUAUGGAAAGGGGUGUCACCAUCAUUUGUGCGCACCAUCCCCGGUGUGGGGAUCUACUUCAGCACCUACUUCUCCUUAAAGCAGCACUACUUCUCUGAGAAAAGCCCCGGGGCCCUGGAGGCCAUGUUGCUCGGGGCCGGGGCCCGUGUGGUGGCAGGGGUUUGUAUGCUGCCGGUCACCGUCAUCAAAACACGCUUUGAGAGUGGAAGGUAUAACUACAGCAGUGUGCUGGGGGCCCUGCGUAGUGUCUGUCAGACCGAGGGACCACGGGCUCUCUUUUCUGGCCUGGCAGCCACACUCCUCCGAGACGCACCCUUCUCAGGCCUCUACCUCAUGUUCUACAGCCAAAGCAAGAAUGCACUGCCAGUGGAGAUUAGCUCAUCGUCCUAUGCACCACUGGGUAACUUCAGCUGCGGAGUGCUAGCUGGUGUCCUAGCCUCCCUGGUGACACAGCCAGCAGAUGUUGUCAAAACGCAUGUGCAAGUUUGUCCCCACCUCUAUAAGAGGACAUCAGACGCUGUAUACUUCAUAUACAAGGAACAUGGAUUGUGCGGGUUCUUCAGAGGCGCUGUGCCCCGCUGCCUGAGGAGGACCAUGAUGGCGGCCAUGGCCUGGACUGUGUACGAGCAGCUCAUGGCUCAGUUCGGCCUCAAAUCCUGAGUGGCGGACCAGCCAGAAAGACACAGAAUGCCAAAGAAGUGUUGAUGAACAAGCAAGUGAAGGACAAGUGGACAAGUUGGCCAGCAAUGACCAGUAAAGAGUGGGACAUUAUAUGGACAGAUACAAAGCUGCUGUGCAAAAAUUGACCCCGCUGUCUGUCGCCUUAUUGUCCCCAUUGGCGCCAUGACUGUGAAUUCUGCCAUUUGUCUUUUCAAGUGUAAGGCAGCUGCAUUGAUGUCACACACACACACACACACACAUACACACAGAAAGACAGUAGGUUUUUUGGGCUCUAUUGAGUGUGAAGGUAGAACUGCUGGUCUUGAGGUGAACACUUCACCUCUGCUAUAAAUUUGACUACAUGAAACUUGAGAUUUACGGUCCAAACCUCAUUGAUGAGGGCUUAAUUGGACAUGCUUUCAUUGCACUAAUACUGUAUCUGACCAGCUUUUAGUGACAUCACCUGAAGAAUGACUACUACAUUUGGAUUAGGCAUUGUAAGCUGUAGAGGUUGAAAGUGGACCACAGUUGAAUACUUUGCCUGAAUGAAUGCACUUUAAAUCUGGUUAAUGUUAUCUGUGACAGUCUUUUUUGUAUUGUUGUUACUAAGUUAUCUGUUCUCAUGACUAAAUGCACAACUAUAUGCUGCCUUAUAUUAAUACCAUGUGCUGAGUUAUUAUAAAUAGUUAUUAUAUGGUUAAUAUUGGUUGUGGUUAAUAUUUUGCAAUUAAAAUGAUGUAUCCCAAAA